AUGGCCGCUCAGCGCAUGGCGUCGUCUCCGCUCUACAUCGCCGUGUACCUCAUUCUGGUGCUGCUGGGGAAUGUGGGGAACACCACGGUCAUCGCAGUGGUCGGGGAGAGCCUUCUGAGGGAGACGGGAGCCGUCCGAAGCGCUGACGUGAUUCUGGUCAACAUGGCUUUCUCCAACCUGAUGGUGUCGUUGGCAAGAAACUCUCUUCUGGUGAUCUCUGACAUGGGAAUGGAGGUUUUUCUCAAUAAAAACUGGUGUCGCUUCAUGAUGGGCGUUUGGGUUUGGCUGCGCUCUGCAAAUGUUUGGUCGACGUUCUUUCUAAGCGCCUUUCAUUUUCAAACAUUGCGUCGGGUCGCACCGCCCGUCACCAACGUGCACGGCCACCCCGGACCACCCAAACCCCUCAUAUUUGGGUUGUGCCUCAUCUGGAGUCUCAAUCUGAUCUACUCCAUCCCAGCGUUUGUGUUCUCCAGGAACGGAGACGAAAACUCCACCGAGACGCUGAUGUUGGUUAGCAGCACCACUCGCCCCCUGCUUGGCUGUAUUUGGGACUUUCCUUCAGUCUACAGCGGACUGGCCUUUGCCACCUCCUCCAUGCUGAUUCACGAAUGCCUUCCCAUCUGCCUGAUGAGUGUCACCAAUCUGGGCUCUCUGCUGACGCUGUACUCUCACAGACAAACACGAAGAGCCGCCAACAAGAGUCAGGACACGCCGGUCAUCACCCGGAUCCCUGCAGAGCGACGGGCGGCUAAGGUGAUUCUGGCUCUGAAUAUCCUCUUUAUUUUAUCUUGGGGCGGCAGUGUCAUCUCUGUCAACUACUUCAACUAUAACCGCAGAUCUUCCCGCUCUUCCACGGAGUUCCUGCUCAUCGUCGCUCGCAUCACUAACAUCACCUUCAUCGCGCUGUCGCCCGUCGUCCUCGCCGUGGGACACAGGAAGCUCAGAGCGUUUCUGAAGUCAGUUCUGUCGCGUGUAAUCUGACAGACAAACCUCUCGCUCUAUUUGGACAGACAAACUACAGAUAUCAUGUUAUUUCCUGCAUCAUAAUAGCGUGUCUCUUUGUGUAGCGUUAUUUAUUUUUAAUAAAGUUGCAUGUAUUUACUCAAGAACGAAGAAUAAGGGUUGUGUGCCUUUCAAAAUACAGUUGAGAAUCACGAUUCCUGAAUUUGAAUUCUAUAUGGAUUGACAAAACCAAAUAUGAUGCAUCAAAUUGAAUGAAAUGAAUGCAUCUCAAAUCAUAUAACUACUGUGAGAGCAUCUGGUUUAUCGGCGCCAACCUGAAUGAAACUGAAGUAUCAGUAAGUAUUAAUAAAAUAGCUGAAGAAUAAUUUGAGUGAUA